AUGGAUGAUGAUAUCACCGAAUACACGAGGAAUGAAAGACCUCGAUAUCCCUCGGUGGAUUAUUCGUUGUUGCCGCAUGCAACUGAAUCAGUUCUCAAUUUGCCAGGUGGUUUGACGCCCGAAUUGAUACCAAAAAUUCAGUAUUUGAAGAAGUUGCAGUUGCAAACAGUGGAAUUAGAUGCGAAAUUUCAUGAAAAGGUUUUAGAGUUGGAAAAGCAGUUUCAGAUCGAACAUGAUAAAAUUUUUAAAGAGAGAAGUGAAGUUGUGAAUGGAUUGACUUCAGUUGAUGAUGAGGAAGAAAAUCACGAAGGAAUUCCAGAUUUUUGGUUAAUUGUGUUGAAACGAGUUCCGGGAGGUUUGGUGAAGGAAUGGGAUGAGCCAGUGUUGAAACACUUGUAUGACAUAAAAUACAAGACAAAAACUUAUCCGCAACCACUUUCGUUUGUUCUGGAGUUCCAUUUUGCUCCAAACGAAUAUUUUACGAACGAAAUUUUAACCAAAGAAUAUUUUUUGCGAUGUUCUCCUGACGAAGGUGACCCUUUGUCGUUUGACGGUCCUGUGAUUAUUCACUCAAAGGGCACGAAAAUUCAUUGGAAGCCCGGUAAAAAUGUUACCGUUCAAAUGGAGCGCAUGCAAGAUAACGGCGAGAAGGAAUUUCAACCUCAAAUCCAAGCAGAUUUUCAAAUCGGACAUUAUUUAAAAGACUGUGUCAUUCCGCGCGCUGUUUUAUUCUUUACUGGCGAAGUCAAGGGCGACGUUGAUCCAGAUGACGCUCGCAUGGAAAGUCUCACAAUGAUUUAUUCCAAUCCUUUUGAAGAAAUUCCAGACGACUUAGAACUUGAUGACUAA